AUGUCAAGCACAGGUGCCAAUCGUGAAUCCGAAGGUGGUACAAUGAAAAAUGUGACAGAUAAUCCAGCAACGCAACCACAAUCUCAUACAUAUGCUGAAGAUCAAUCUCGUUCAAAUACGGAACAACAAAGCAACAAAUGCAGCUCUGGUAUAUCCGAUCAUAAACCAGGCGAAAGUAGCUGCAGCAGUUGUCAAAAGAAAUGA